UCCUCUCACCCUGCUUAUUCCCGGAACCUGCUAACUGGAUCCAUCUGAUCCGCUCUCAUGGGGCUACUCGAUCACUUGUGGGAUGACACUGUCGCCGGCCCUCCGCCGGAGAACGGCCUCGGCAAGCUCCGAAAGCACAACACCUUUGCUUUCCGAUCCAACUCUGGCAAGGAAUCAGACAGCGGAAGCGUGAAAUCAUACGGUGAGGAUUCGCCGGAAGAUGCGAUGAGAGUUACACGCAGUAUCAUGAUCGUAAAGCCACCUGGAUACCAGAGUCAGAGUGGAUCGGCGCCGGUUUCACCCGCCGGUUCUACUCCUCCGCUGUCUCCGUUUUCAGGAGGAGCUAGAGAGUCCUUCCGCUUUCGAAGAAGGUCGACAUCGGAUGCGUUCGAGAAGACUCGCCAGAACAGACCAAGCUCUUCUUCUCCUUUCGAUGUGUGAGAAAUGACCCUCGUCGCUCUCCUCCAUGAUCACUAAAAAAAUGAAAUUAUAGUUUGUUUUCCUCUGCUGUUUCUGGUCAUGCUGUAUCCAUUUUUGUUUACCUUUUGUGCGUAUAUAUAUAUAUAUAUAUAUAUAUAUAUAUAUAUAUAUAUAUAUAUGUGUGUGUGUGUGUGUGUGUUCAUCAGUUGAGUGGUUGAAAUCGUGGAUGAUGCAGUGGUAGGUUUGUGUGGUUUAACAGCUCAGUGUUCUGUCCAGUGUUAAACUAGUUAUGGUUAUAUGGUCGGUUAGCUGUAAAUAUGUAAAAACGCAGGUAUGGGCGUGCUUUUGCUAAGUGUACUGUGUAUAUAUAAAGCCUUUUGAAAGGUUUGUUUAUUA